AUGAUUUUCGACGAGAAAGUAGGGGCUCUGAUUGUGUCCGAGACGCACUUGUCAGCAGACCAGACGGAAGAAAUACAGGACAGCCAUAUCGGGAAACGUCUGUCAAUAUACAACUCAGAGAACCGAGAUGACCCCAGCACUAAGGGCAUUGCAAUUGUGCUGAACCGUGAAAUCACCAAUACGCAGGAUGUACAAGUAAAACACCUAAUCCCAGGCAGAGCAAUCCUUGCCACAUUACACUGGCACAGUGACCGAACGCUCACUAUCCUCGGAGUCUAUGCUCCAGCGGAAUCGAUGCAAGCAAAUGAAAACUUCUGGGACUCCCUGUCCGAACGCUGGCUCACCGAAGAUCUCCCGGUCCCGGACCUAAUGGGAGGCGACAUGAACCUAGUAGAAGAACCCCUAGAUAGACUGCCAAGCCGAGAGGAUGCACCCCGCACAGUCGCUGCACUCCGCCGAUUCAAACGGCUCCUUGGACUGGUCGACGGAUGGCGAGGAGAAAACCCUGAUGCAAAAGACUUCACCUACACAAGCGGCAGGGAUACGCACUCCCGAAUUGACCGAAUUUACGUCUCAAAUGCCCAACUUAAGAGAACACGGAAAUGGACUUUGGACGACUGCGUCGGAAAGCUCUCAGACCACAGAAUGGUGUCCACCACCAUCACUGCGCCAGGCUCGCCCACCAUAGGUAAGGGCAGAUACACGAUACCCCUCUUCCUACUGAAGGACAAGAAGUUCAUGGACUUUGUCCAGAAAACAAUGAUCGAGCUCGAAGACAGACAAGCAGACUGUCCGGGCCUAAACGUUCAAGCCGAGUGGUCUAGUCUCAAGACCGCAAUACGCGACUAUGCACGAUCCCGAGCCAAGGAAGCGAUCGGCGCCUCGAGAGAAAAGAAGAAGACCCUCCAGACCAGAAAGGCCCAAAUACUCAAAACCACCCAUGGGCCGGACUCCCUGGAACAGUCAGAAGUACCAGACACGCAAACCUAUACAGAAACCGAAGCAGCGGCGGAGGUCCACGCUAUCCAAGGAGAGAUCGACAAGAUAACUGAUGUGCAACGAGAGCAACGGCGGACCGAAACGAGAGCACGGUGUUUCACAGAGCUAGACCACAUAACUAAAUUCACAGUAGCAAUGAGCAAGGAUAAGACUCCCCGGGACACUAUCACCCUACUACGUCGAACAGACACCACCCCACCCAGAGAAGCGAAGCGCUCGAAGGAUAUGGCGGAGCUGGCCAGAGACUACCACCACAACCUCCAACAAGACCCCUCGGAACAGAACCCUGCCACCAAAGACCACGCCAUAGAAAGUGCGCUCGAGCACACGGAAGCAAGAGGCGACCCAGAAAAGAUCGAGGAACUGAAAAAACAGCUGACAGCAGAAGACGUCAUACUAGCAUUGAAGCAAGCAGCCACGGGCACGGCAAGUGGAGUAGACGGUAUCCCGUACGAACUGUGGAGGCGUCUCCACCAAAUCCAUCUGGAAGUGACCAAACAGAACGCGGCGCUAGGCCCAGAUAAACAAAAGAGGGUUACACUGGCCGACAGCACUGACAGCAUUGACCAAGCACACAUUGCCAAGGAUGGCGAAGCGGUAAGGAUACUGGGAGGCUAUAUAGGCAACAAGAUAGAACCUUUCGCCCUAUGGACACCAAUGCUGGAGAAAACCGAUGCCGCCCGAGUACAGUGGGAGAAGCUGUUCCCCACAAUAGAAGCGAGGAGGCACAUAGACCAGAUCAUCACGGGCUCCAUGACGCAGUACCUUACAAUGGUAAAUGGAAUGCCAGCAGCGGUAACAAAACACCUCCUUCAAGCACAGCGAGAGUUCAUAUGGGGCGGAGCGAAAUCAUCUCCCGUCCAGAGGGCGACCCUGUCCCAACCAACUAGGCAGGGGGGUAAAAACCUUCUUGACCUCGAAGCUAGGAACGACGCCCUCACCAUUCUCAAGCUGCAAUCCUUCCUAGACCUAGACCCCACGACCCGAGCAGAUUGGGGAUAUUUUGCCGACAGUAGACUUGAGAAAGCCUCUACAAGAGCCUCCAAGAUGGACAACGAAUCCUUUGAUAACAUGUUCCUACAAACAUGGACCCCGAAUCGGAAACUCCUAACGACUGAGUUACGGGAGAUGCUUCGAAUCGCAAAAAGAUACAACCUAAGUUUCGCACCAGUCCAGCCAACGCAAACCCUGCUCCAACAAAUGCCCCUCUUCCACCACACAGGAGAGGACCCAACGCAAACCCAACGCAACAACACACCCCGCUGUAGGUGCCUCCGCCGAAACCAUGGCGUCAGCGACAUCCUGUCAGCAAUGCCAGUAGCAGAACGCCUCCGUAACAAGGACCACCGGGAGAGCACCAAAUGUGACUGCCCCCAAUGCAAAUCUGACCGGGAGUCCCUUGGCUGCCGGAACCCAGACGCAUGCGCGAGAGCUGUCCCCUCUAGACUAGCCCAGCUUGGAAUAAGAUGGAUCCCCAAGGACACUGGAAGCCUGCCCCAGAGAGCAACAGAAGGCGAGAGAGACAACAGGACCAAGCAGCUGUCCCUCCCCCCCACAGCGAGCAAAACAGACGGCUUCCGAAUAUGUGUGAAGUCGACCCCGCACCCGAGCUCUCUGCCCCCCUUUCGUCAACGGUCAGCAAGUAACCAAGAGACCAUGUUCAUUGCGACGCACAAGGAUCCAAAAUCACCCCGACUGGGGAUAGCAGUUUGGUUCGGACCAGAGGACCCGAGAAAUACAAACUUCCUUGCCCCUGAGGAGUUAGGCCACACGAGAACAACGGGAGAAAACUUGGCAAUGCUCACGGGCCUGAAACGAAUCCACAGGAUAACAAAUGUGAAAAUCAUAGUGGAAGACGACACCUAUAUCCAAGAAAUCAGCCCAAAACUGAGCGGAUGGGAGGAUGCAGGAUGGAUAAACGUACCAGAUAAGGACAUACUCCGCCCACUGACCGCCGAGAUUAGAGGCAGGACGGGCCAAACCACCUUCGGCAUGCCAGGAAAACACUCUGCCGAAGAAACCCUCCUCUCCCAGACCACCACCGCUGCCAAGCAAGCUGCCCUGGCAAAUACCCCCCCCCUACCCCGCCUCCUGGCGACAACCCGACCAGACCUCCUGUCAGAGGGAGUUAAGCUGGCCACCCUCACACAAAGAACCGCCUACGCUACGAUCCGGGCCCAGAAAGAAACAGCGGUGCGGCCAGCGACACGACGAAACGUGGAGGAGGUAUCAAGAGAGUACACACGUGGCACACAGGCUGGACCGACGGCAGACCAAGUCUGGGCCUCAAUACGAUCGCGUGAUUUCUCACGCCAAGUCAGAAACUUCCUCUGGAAAGCGAUGCACGAAGCGCACAGGAUAGGCACAUUCUGGAAACACAUACCAGACUGCACGGACAGAGGAACGUGUACAUCAUGCGGAGUUACAGAAGAUCUCCGCCAUAUUCUCCUAGAGUGUCAGUGCGCGGGUCAGGAACAGGUUUGGAAACUGGCCGAAAAACUAUGGUCAGCCACGGGCCAACCCUGGGUCACUCCGACUUUCGGAGGCCUCCUGGGAGAAGGUCUCACCCGGAUAAAGCUGAGAAACGGCCGGGUAGUGAAAGGGCUCACCCGGCUCCACCACAUUAUCAUAUCCGAGUCAAUAUUCACAAUCUGGAAGCUACGAAAUGAGAGGGUCAUAUCGAACGAUGGCGAAGAACCGUCGGCCCCAGAGAUAGAGGGGAAGUGGAACAGGGCCAUAGAGUCCCGCUUUGCACUAGAUCGAACUCUCACAAAUAAAAACAAAUUCGGCGGCAGAGCACUGAAACCGCAUCUGGUCGAGACGACCUGGAGGAAAGUUGUCACGGACACCUCGGGUGACACACUCAACGACAAAUGGCUUGAAAAUCCCAGGGUUUUG